AUGCUCGGUAAGCUGGAGGCAGCGUUUCAAACCAAAAUGGAGGCGAUGAGCACUGAUAUCACUCAAGUAAGUUUCCAAGUGGAUGAUCUGGAGGAAGAACGUGACAUUUUACAGGUCCAAAUAACUAAUUUUUCUACUACUAUGGAAAGCCACACACUUCCUAUACACCGUCACAGGGUAGGCUUAGAUAACCGCAGCCGCAGAAACAACCUAAGAAUCAAGAGUUUGCCUGAGGACCAAGGGGAAAAUGUUGCUUCCACCCUGGCUGAGCUUUUCAACUACAUUCUUGGAGAAGCCAGCGACAAUCAAAUCCUAUUAGACAGGGCCCACAGGUUGUUACGCCCGAGAGGAUCAGCUGUGGAGGCCCCCAGAGAUGUGAUAUGUCAUGUACAUUACUUUGCUAUUAGGAUAAUAUCCUGA